CAAACAAACAGUAUAAAGGCAGGCUUAUUGUCGAUACACAAUUAAAAUGUUAAAGCAACCCUGAGAUAUACGUCAAGUAAAAGCAGAGAUAAAAGUUGUUAAAAUUUGCGGAAAUUGAAUAUCGCUAUUUGUGAGAGGUGUGGGAUAUUGCCUCACUUGUGGUGUAACUGACAAUGAUGAAUUCUUGUUUGCCAGUGCUUUUACCCACGGAUUUAAUGCACGGCUUCCUAAGAGACAAACAAGCCUGGGAGAAUGCUAUCUCCAUGUACCAAGGACCUGAUCCCUUGGAUCAUUGGUACAAUUAUAUUUGCUGGUAUGAAAAUCAUUUGAGAGGAGAUCUAGAGAAUAAAUUCCGCGAAACACUCGAGCGUUGUCUGGCGCUUUUUGAGCACAGUGAAUUCUAUAAGCAAGAUUUGCGAAUGGUACGCCUAUGGUUAAAAUAUAUUGAAAUGCAAACACAUCCGCUCCAUUUCUAUCAAGUUUUAUAUCAACGGGGCGUUGGUAGACAAGUAGCGGCAUUCUAUAUAGGUUGGGCAGGUUACUAUCAGUCCAUUAACGCAAUUAAAGAAGCAGAAUCGGUGUAUAACCUGGCAUUUCAGGAAAAGGCACAGUCUUGUGAAGAACUUCACCAUGCGCAUAAUAAGUUCUUAUACAUGCAGACUGCUGCUGCACAAAUGGCGCUACAUCAUCAACAACAACAGCAUCAGCCGCAUUUAACUGGGCACCAGUUAACACAACAUCACCAAUCCCAACAAAUGCAUUAUCAGCAGGCAGGACAAUGUCAAUCACAAAAUCUUUCGCAACAUUCACAGCCGCCAAUGCAACAACAGCCUCAAGCGGAACCACAACAAUCUCCACAAAUGCAUUCGCAGUUACAUUCACCGCAACUGGAAAACUACCAUAGGCAACAAACAUCUACUGCGGCAGCCUCCAAUUCCUAUUAUCAGCCCCAUGCGCAAAACCACAUACAAGUACAGCAGGAACAAUUGUAUCAACAGCAAGUUUAUCAAAAUGAUGCAGCAAAUUACCGAAAUGAAACUGAUCCACCGGCUAUUGCAAACCAGUUUAAUGGAUCCACGAUCACCGUGUAUCAUAGUAAUUUAGAAAAUGCAUCUGAAACGGCAGAAGAUCGGCCUGCUAAAGGAUAUGAAUGCAUAGAGUAUGAAAAAGCGACACGUUCUUCAACUCAAAUGGAAGAAGCAGAGGUAAAAGCUGCAGCUUUAAAUAAAAAGGCGAUGGCUCCAGCUCUCACACCCGUAGGCGCUUGUAAAUUGCCGCGAAAAUUUGCUGCUUAUUGUCAUAACAAUUAUGAGACUUGGAAACCAGCUUUGUUUCUAGAAGAACCUGAAGAUCCAAAUCGUCGUUGUCACUAUGCCAAGCAAUUAGUGUACCCUGGAACAGGUGUGGAAUAUAGUCCCGAGGAAUUGCGAGCUAAAAUGUACAUUACUCGUCCACCUGUAGUAAAUAAUAUAAAACAAGUGGCAGCUCAGAUCAAUACAGAAGAGAAAGCUAAAGCUGAAGGCGAUCAUAUACCGCAAGAGUUACAAGAAAUUGGUGCUGUGCAAAAGCAACAACAGCAUCAGGACAGGGAUGCAAGUGUUUCUAAUGUCGAAAGACAGCACACUCUUAGCCAUAAACAUCGAGUAUGUACAAAUGAGCACAUUGGGGUGAAUGGUGUUGAACCAAUCGGCCACAAUUUCCAUAACACAAUUAUCUACACACAGCCGCGUAUUCAACAGCAUAAUCAUCUCGAACGUCACAUUCAGAGCCAUCAUCAAAAUGAGAAUCCACAACAAAUGCUUCAUGAAGGUCAAAAAGAAAUGAACGAAAUCGGAAAUACUUUGGAUGACUUAGAAGAUCAAAUUGAAGCCUCCACGAUUCGUUUGGGCGAAAAUAAAACUAUUAAAAUUAAAUUUAAAAAAGAGCCCCAGCAACAUGGACAUACGUUAAAAGGAAACAAUUAUGUGAUUGAAGGAAUCUAUCAACAAGAGGUUUCCGCGGUGACGCCAUCAACACCUGAAUAUGGAAGAGUUAAAAAUGGUCAUAGUUUUCACCCUUAUAGCAUAGAUAAUACUUCAACGCCAAAAUCCAGCUCAAAGCGCUAUAAAGCAAAAUUAAAAAGAAUAAACAAAAUUCCAAUAGGAACUGGUAGUAGUAGCAACUCCUCCUCAGCUGAAAAUGGUGGAACUACUAAUGGAAAUAGCAACGCAAUCGCUAUUGAACACAUAAAAUCUAUUAAAAAUGGAGACGAAGUAUUACAGAAUGCUACAUUUAAUGAUAAUGCAAAUUAUUCGUUUUCAAGCGCAGUGGCUCUGGAGAACUCCCACUGCUCAUUGACAUCCGCCGUUGGCAGGCUCAAUUUUCGGGAUUCGACUUCAGCAUAUAAUACAAGCACUGUUGCAGAUAUUUCUACUUACCAAGAAAAUUCAUAUUUCGCGACUCAACACGAUACAGAAGCAAAAGAGCUUCGCCUGCGAAAAGCUCAUGAAAUAAUUGAGCAUCACUUGGAUAAGGAAGCAAUUGAUCCUUUUAGCAGUGAACUCUGCCGAGCAUUCCUUACAAAACUAGACUUCCCAGGCUCGGAUGAUAGUUGUACCAACUAUAAAAUCGUACAAACCCCAUUGCCAAAAAUAGCGAAUACGCGUACACUAAACUUACCCGAUGGUGUGCAAUUCAAUAUUGAUAAAGAAGUAGGACGUGGUUCAUAUGGUUCAGUGUACAAGGCUACAGAUUCUAACAGUGGUAACGUGGUGGCGUUGAAAUUUCAGAAACCUCCAAACACCUGGGAAAUAUAUAUUUGCGAUCAAGUCCUAAAACGAAUCAAGACAACAAAUAUUCUGCCCGGUCUCAUGGAUAUUUCCGUUGCAGUAAUUGCUCCGAAUGCUAGCAUUAUCGCCACAGAAUUCUCGCCGUUCGGUUCUCUGCUUGACAUAAAUAAUAAAAUUCGCCAAGCUACUACAAAAGUGAUGCACGAGUCUUUGGUAAUGCAUUUCUCCGCGCAGAUAUGCAACAUUAUAAACCACCUUCACAUGAAUAAAAUAAUCCAUGCAGAUAUAAAACCUGAUAACUUCUUACUAAUGCGUAUACCCAGUACCGACUACCAUUAUCCAUCACUACGUUUAAUAGAUUUUGGUUGCGCGAUCGAUAUGACGCUCUUCCCUGAACCGGAUAAGACGAAGUUCCGUAAAGUUAUUCAAACAGAUGGUUUCACAUGCAUAGAAAUGCAGGAGGGCCGUCCAUGGUCAUACGAAACUGACCUUUUUUGCAUUGCUGGCACAGUACAUGUUAUGCUAUUGGGCGAAUACAUGCAACUGCAAAAGCGCUCCAGUGUAUGGGACAUUAAGCAGAAGUUACCGCGUUAUCUGAAGAAGCAUGUUUGGGCAAAGUUCUUUAAUGACAUGCUUAACAUUAAAAGCACAAAAUUGCCAGAUUUAAAUGAAAUGCGUCACACCUUUGAUCAGGAAGCGGCACGCAUGGAUUCAGAAUUGCAGAGUCAAAUACGAACGCUAUCUAAUAUUUUGCAUCGGCGAUAACCAUGGGGAUAUAUUUAAAUAUAAGGCAAUUGCAAGCAAUCGUUACCUUCCACUUAACUAUUAUUUACACUUAUUUUAACUUUGUAUUAGCUCGCUGAUGCUCGAACUUUGUCCUGAGUGGCAAGCAUUUGAGAAUUUUUGGUUUAGUUUGGUUUGCAAUUGGUAACAUAAAGAAAAUUUAGUUCUAUGCAUUAAUAAUAGAUUGCAAUUUAUUUCAUUUUUUUUUUUGUUUUAAGUCAUUUUAUUAUUAAAUCCGCUAAAAAAUAAGUGUACUGCCAGUAAAGGUCUUCUAUGCCUUAGCUUAAUAUGUUGAAAUCGUCGCUUUGGUCAAUGCCCUGGUUACUGUACCGUAAUUGUUGAAUAGCCACAAACUCUUACAUAUAUUUUGUUUGCAAAUACUAAUUUUCUGCAUACAAAUGCUGGCAACUUUGCGAAUAGAAAAUCGGAUAAGGUUUUGAAAAAAGAUGUAAGCAGUUAAAAUAAAUAUAUGUGUAUAAUAAACCAUGAAAUUACAAAAUUGUGUAUAUAAAACGGUAAAUGUAAAAUACUGAUUUCAAGAAGUAAUUGGAUUGAAAGAAAAUUACGUAAAAUAUACGAGUAUAAAUGAAAAUUAAAUAAA